ACGUCAAUACACGUCAACCAGAGAACAUGAUGCCUCUUUGCAAGUCAACUCGUGUGCUUUCUAGCUGAUAGAGGCACCUCGAGCUGAAAUAUUAGAGGUCUAUUGUAUUGGAGAACGUGGUGUGACAGCCCCCGGGCUCAGCAAAUGGCCUGCUUCGUAUCGCCGCGCUGACGGGUAGAGCGUCGCCACAUCGGCGUCCAAGCUGGCAGGGCGACACAGAAAUCAACUUUGUCUAUUUUUAAUGGACACGCUUGGAGCGGCGGCGGCGGCAGAAGCAGCGGCAGAAGCAGCGGCAGAAGCGGCGGCGGGCGGUUUGUUUUCCUCUCGUCUUUAUCUGUAGCUGCCGAAGCAAAAGAAAAGAAAAAAGAGCACCGUGUUAGUGAGAGAGGAGCCCCUCGUGUGUCCCCCCACCUCCCCUCCUCCUGCCCGUCUGGCUGCCUCCUACUCGUCCACAAACAGUCCCGUUUUAGAACAGCAUGGUCAUGGCUGACAGUGUCCAGAAACCGCUGAUCCGGGGUCCGGUCCGAGUGGGCUUCUACGACAUCGAGCGCACUUUAGGAAAGGGCAAUUUCGCUGUCGUGAAGCUGGCCAGACACCGCAUUACCAAGACCGAGGUGGCCAUUAAGAUCAUCGACAAGACCCAACUGGAUGCUGUGAACCUGGAGAAGAUCUACAGAGAAGUUCAGAUUAUGAAAAUGCUGGACCAUCCUCACAUCAUCAAGCUCUACCAGGUGAUGGAGACGAAGAACAUGCUUUACUUAGUCACGGAGUAUGCCAAGAAUGGGGAAAUCUUCGACUAUCUGGCAAAGCAUGGCCGUCUCAGUGAGCUCGAGGCCAGGAGGAAGUUCUGGCAGAUCCUGUCAGCGGUUGAAUACUGUCACAACCGAAACAUCGUCCACAGAGACCUGAAGGCAGAGAAUCUGCUGUUGGAUGGCCACAUGAACAUCAAGAUUGCAGAUUUUGGAUUCGGGAAUUUCUUCCAGCCUGGGGAGCCUCUGGCCACGUGGUGCGGCAGCCCGCCCUACGCCGCUCCAGAGGUCUUUGAGGGACAGCAGUACGAGGGCCCACAGCUGGACAUCUGGAGUAUGGGAGUGGUGCUUUAUGUGCUGGUGUGUGGCGCGUUGCCCUUUGAUGGGCCCUCUCUGCCCGUGCUCCGACAGAGAGUCCUAGAAGGAAGGUUUCGCAUCCCCUACUUCAUGACUGAAGACUGUGAACACCUCAUCCGCAGAAUGUUGGUUCUGGACCCGUCAAAGCGUCUGUCUGUGGCCCAGAUUAAGGAGCACAAGUGGAUGGCUCUGGAUGUUCCAGUGCAGAGGCCUGUCCUGUACCAGCAGCCUCUGUCUGCUGACGGGGAGGCGGGUGUAGGAGAAUACAGCGAACAGGUCCUUCGCCUGAUGCACAGCCUGGGUAUCGACCAGCACAAGACUAUAGAGUCUCUGCAGAACAAGAGCUACAACCACUUUGCUGCUAUCUACUACCUGCUGGUGGAGCGACUCAAGGCCCAUCGCUGCAGCUUCCCUGUCGAACAGAGGCUCGACGCCCGCCAGCGACGGCCCAGCACCAUUGCCGAACAGACGGUCGUCAAGUCGACCAGUGGUUCAGCCCAGGUGGGUUUGCUCCCGCAGGGCGUUCGUCUGUUGCGUUCCCCUGCUGUGCCCCAAGCCUCCUCUGAUGCUUUCACCUUCCCCCAGACUGCAUGUCCCCUGGAGCAGAAUUUCAUGGUGGAGGAUGUCAACACACCAAAAGUGAACGGCUGCCUGCUGGACCCCCUACCUCCCCCCACUGUCCUCCGCAAGUCCUCCACCUCGUCGCCUAGCAACAUGAUGGAGACAUCGAUUGAUGAGGGCAUUGAGACUGAGGAGCCCGACACAGAGGAUGAUCCAUCCCACCUGCUCUCAGCCUAUCAGACAGCUCGAUUCGGUCAACGGCGACACACCCUGUCUGAGGUCACCAACCAGCCCGGGCCUUCGAACCAAGGUAAAUUAUUCACUCUAGGCCACAACCCCUCCAUGGGUAGCGUGGACUCAGACAUUGGCUACGAUAUGGGCUCCAUGCACAGUGACCUUGGUCUGCUGGAGGACCCCCCCUCUCUCACUGAAGUGGUACCAACCAACAGCUCCGCGGCUGGCGUUACCCCUACGCCUUUCCUGAGUGCUCGGCCUGCCAACCCGGCAAUGGCAGCCCUCACCUCCCAGCACAGGGAGACACACAACCGCUCCCCCAUCAGCUUCAGAGAAGGACGUCGUGCCUCCGACACCUCCCUCACCCAAGGUCUGGUCGCCUUUCGGCAGCACCUCCAGAACUUGGCGAGGACCAAAGGCAUCCUGGAACUGAACAAAGUCCAGAUGCUGGUGGAGCAGAUGGGCUCCGGGGAAGGGGCCGCCAUGGGCCACCUGGGACCACAGCACCACUUGCACAACCUCCUGGAGGGUGAGGCAUACAAGCAUCAAGAGGGCCUAGCUUUAUAUCAAGGUGGGCCUCAGCCGCCUCUCCUGUCCCGCAGACAGAGUUUGGAGACACAGUACCUCACUCACAGACUACAGGCCAACGUCUUGGCUAACAGUCCGGCAAGCUGCCAACUUUUUUGUAAGGAGACUCCUCGAAGUUUAGAGCAACAGCUGCAGGAGCACAGUGGAUGCUACUGCCCUCCCCACAGACUGAACCAGAAGAGGAUGUACUUGCAGCAGCAGCCACAGGGCAUGGGGCUGCAGGCCUACUUCAACCAGAUGCAGAUAGCUGAAGGCUCCUACCCGACAGGCAGCCCUGCUCUGGACCCAGUGGUGUCUCAAACUUCCCCUCAGGGCCCCCCCAUGUCAGCCCCUCACCAGCCCCAGAAUCAGCAGCAGGGUAGUCCUCAGGCCUCACCGCCCUUCAGCCACCCUCAUAGCUUGAGCCCUCUGAUGGAACCUGGCGAGGGCUUGGUUUAUGAACCCUACAUGAGCCAUCACCACUACACCCAACACCUGCCUCCUGGAUCUCACCUCCACCACCAGCUCCACCAUCCCCAGCCUCAUGAAGCUUCUGUCAGCGGCCUGGGCUUCAGCUACCCUGCAGGCUGUGAGCAGCAGGUGCUGGGGCCUUCCCCCGAGGCUCUCCUCCCAGAGCAGUACGAUUUCUCGCUGGAUCCGUCCUCGCUGCCCCCUUCCACUCUAGGGGAGGUCAACGCCGGAGCUAUGGCUGGAGUUUUGGCUGGUCCAGGCCAAUCAGACGUCCUGGGCCUGCCUGAACUGCAGGGCUCCCUCCUGGACAGUGAGAUGAUGGAGACCGUAGACUCUCAGCAUGGCUUCGUACUGGUCAACUAAAGCCAGCUGAAGGGGUUAUUAGAAAGCAGUAUUAAGCAAUGAGAACCUACACAGCAUCAAGAGCAGAGAGAAUGGAGAUGUAAGUGGAGGCCAUAAGCGUAGCAACAGGGAAGAAAGUGUUAAUUUUUGUACAACUAAUACAAACUUCAUUUCUUAGUUGUGAUGAACUCAACCUUUCUACCAAAAUCAUCCCUUAACCUACCUCCCUUUCUCCCUCUACUCCUCUGUUCUCGUUCUCAUCAGUCCUGUGAGGCAGGAACAGGCCCGAUAUGUGGCACAAUGUUGAGCUUCGCUGUGCUGACUUGGCGAGGCUGCUCUUGUCACGUACGUUGUGCCCCCUGUGAGGACUGCGCCGUGCGGCCCACGGGGAGGGGGGAUGCUGCACAUCCUGGUGGCUGCUACAGUGCAUCAUUUCACCGAGAAAUGGUUUUGGAAGUGAACUAAUUUAGGACUGAUCAAGUGGCAACCAAAAGCACAAAGGCUGAAAGUGCUUUUUGUAUUUAAAAUAGGACACCAUCAAUGACAAUAGACUGGUUCUCAAAACCCUUUGGUGCAUUUUUUAAAAGAUUCCAGUAGAUUUAAAAAAUUAAAAACAACUGAACAAGAGCAAAUGGCCCUCAUUUAUCAUGGUACCAUGAGUAUCACCACAAAUUCAAAUGUUAAGAUGUCGGGUUUUUUGUUGGUUUUAUAGCCAUUAUAGGAGUUAUUUACACACUAAUGCACAAAGGCUUACAUGGAGUCAUGUGUAGGUUGCAGCACUAGUAUAUACACUAUUCCUUUAGAAAGCAGGUAACUUUCAUCAUUUGCCUAAACAAAUAACAUAAAUGCUACAAUUGUGCUUUUAACAGUGAUAAACUCGCUCCAAGCUGUUUUUUAGUAUGACUAAUGAGAACAUUAGUGUAGGCUACGUGACAUAAAUAUUUGUUUUUUCUUGUAAAAUGUAACUACUGAUCCUGAUUAAUUUCUUACACUACUGAACUGCUUUUCCACCUUUACCCAAUUGCACACACUUGCCAGAUUUCAUUACGCUCAACACGACUAGGAAAAUUCCCAGUUUUUUGCAGGCGAAAUGGCCGUGUACCUAUUUAACAGCUGAAAUGUGGGUCAUGCGUUUGCCUGAUAAAUGAGGGCUGAUGGAAUUAAUACGUUGGGUUGAGAAGUUGCGGUGUUAGACAGUCGAUAUUCUAUUUUUGUGGCAAUACUGAAGCAAUAUUAAUCCUUAAUGUGGAGAGACUGUAAAUGGAAGCCUCACCUGUACAGCCGACUCUGAUUGGUUCCCGGGGACCUCUGAGUUGUCAGCAGUGACAUCACUUGAGCUGAUGAUGUAACCAGGAGAUAAUCCGUCAUUCGUUUGCCCUGGAAGUGCCGGGAUAAGCCUGGAGACAGCUGUAUGGAUGGAACUGUGCAAAAGUUUUAAUGAAAUAACUAGUGUUUAUUCAUCAGUUAAUGUCAUACAAUGUGCAAUCAGAAAUGCCUAAAUCAAAUCAAUCUUUGGUUUGACCACCCUCUUGCCUUUAAAACAGCGCUGGUUUUUCUCAGUACGCUUGCACACAGUUCUUAGAGGUACUUGGCUGGUUGGUUGUUGCAAGCAUCCUGGAGAACUUGUUCUGUCCCAGUUGCUUCCGACUCUUCAUGUAAUCUAGUACUAUUAUGUUGAGGUCAGUGAUGCUGAAUAAACACAUGCCUCUCUGCUGGUAUGAUGUUAUGGAUACGAAGCUAAAUAUAAAAAUAUCUUAAAACUUUUGCACAGCACUGUGUUUGUGUGUGUGUUUGUGUGUUUGUUUCUGUACACACUGCAGAAUUCAGAUAUUCUGCGUCCAUCACAGGAUUUGUUGUCAUUACUGAAAAAGACAAACACUGUAUUACAGCUUUCUUCAGAGUGACACAAACUGUGCUUUCCCUCUCAGUGCAGUUGUAGCUUUUAGAUAAUUCUGGUUUACAUCCUCAGUGCUCCAGUCAUGCCUCUGUGUUUUAAUGAUGAAUUGUGUUUAUGAUAAUAGAAUGACCCCGUGAAGAUUCCCUGCAUUAGAUUUCAUGAAAGAAUGUUUCCUCUCUGACGUUGAGGCUGCUGUGAGACAAAGACCAGCAGAACAUCAGUCACCUGACACUGGAUUUUGACUGUUGGCUCAAAAUCAGUCUUUGACUGACAGCAAGCCGGCAACAAGACGAGAGAUCUCUUUUUUUUCACAGCACUUACUGUGUUCAGUCUACUUGAAGCACACAGAUGUAUGUUCUCUGACAGAUGAUGAUGAUUUAAAAGGAAAUCCUCUCAAUUGGAAUAAUAGGACAAUGAACGUCACAGGGCCGAGAUGAAAUUAUUAACUGUGACCAUCUGUGGCCUGUGGCCAGACAGUGUGACCUUCAGUAGUCGUGGGUUAAGCUGUAGAGGUGUUUGUAGUCAGAUUAGCCUUCACACAAGGCAGUCACUCUGUGUGUAGACUGGACUGAGCACAUAUCUUAGAGUCCACAAUCAGACUCUUAAAGUACAGUGAUGGUUUGACUAGGAGUCUCUAUAGUUGCAGUUAGCAGACAUUAGUGUUGGCAAGAAAAUGUGGACCAACUGUGGUUGCAGUCCUGUGCAAGAUGUAAAGGAAAAAUCCACCCUAAGAUGCUUUUAAUAAGUUCACAACAGAUUAGUGCUGGGACUAAUGAUGAAGUAAUCUGCUUAUUGCUUAGUUUGUUUGGCCUAUUUCAGGCUAAGAAAAAUGUCAAAUGUCUCUCACCAACUUAAGCAAAUAGUUGUAACAAAAAUUGCUGCUAAACAAUUACAUGUCUCCUUUUGUCAGCUUUACGGUCAAUUAACACAGCUGGCAAGUUUUGCUGUCAGCCUCUCAGGAUCUAAGAUCAACUGCUUAGUAAGUCACCAUUUGCUCUCACAUUUAACAGUCAAAUGGGCAGAGAUACUAAUAACUCCAGCUACAAUGGCCUCAUCAGACCACAGUGUAAUGCAGCCAAAAGGCAUGUUGCAAAACAGGUCUUGUGGCUGCAUUAAUAGUCCCACCCUUCAAUUUACAAUUAGUCGGCUAGCUGGAUAUGUUUAUAUGGUCAUACACCCACAUUUUAUUGACAGAAAUAGGCUCACACCCAGUUUGUGGGUCAUGUUGCAAAUGGCAUUUUGAAAGAAAGAACUGUACUCACGGGUGUGAGGCUGGUUGCAGAUGAAAUAAUUAUUCUGGGGUUUACAGAUCAUUAAAUUGUCAAUACUGAUGUAAGAGCAUUAGAGGGUGGAUUUUGCCUUGAAGUGAAUGUUUUGAUGAUUGUUUUGUUUAUUUUAUUUUGAUUUUGUCAAUGGUAAGGCUAAAACUACAGGAUGAUCUGUGGAAGUUGAAUACUGGAGCACUUUGACAACAAGGGGACGAAGAGAUGUAGCGAGAGAGGAGGAGGUGACUGUGGUGGAGGUGGAAAAGGUUUGUAUUGCUCUGCUGUUUCCUGGCAGAUGAAACGAACCGUAAUCUGUAGGAAACACCUUUCUCCUCUCUCUUCCCCACCAAUAAUGGACACAAAACAAAUUUCUUUCAAAGAAAGACCAGACAUAGUAACACUUUAUUUGAUUGUUGAUUUUAAUCCAAGAAAGAGUAACACUUUUCACUUUAUUAUGAUAAGUGUUCUUUGUACAGAUUAGGGGUGUUAGUGAACCUUCAGUGCACACUCAAGUUGCACCGAAUUUUGUGUUGGAAGUGAAUAGUGUUCAGUGUGCCUUUUACUUUUUCGUAUUUUCAGUCUAAAUUAAGAUUUUGAAUAGCACUAUUAUUUCUGGUUGGACCCUUUUAUCAUUUUAUUUUAUUAUGAUUACUUCUUGCUUUUCUGUAAUUUUUUUUUUCUGAAAGUAAGUAGAGCCAGGUUUUACAAAGGUACAAAACCAAAGUCCCUCAGAAGUUUCCCUGUAUGACCCACCGUGUGGAGUUUUGGAGCUUCUUUGUCAGCUUCUCUACCGUGCUUUUUUUUCUCGUUGGUCAAUCAGUGUAUGCCAUUUAAAAGUAUUAUAGCAAUAUUUCUCUAGUUGAAGACUAAAGUCAUGAAGAUUCUAGUGGAUGUGUUUCCAAGUAUCAUAAUUUCACCUCCUGCUGAUAAAACAAACAAAAAAAAUCAGUCUAUCAAUAGAAAAUCCAGUUUUAUAUUUACCUUCAUUGAUGUUGACCACACAUAAGCUAACUUGCUGUUGAGAUUAAAAAGGUUUAUUGAAACGGAAUAA